GAAAUAAACAUUCAGCUGCUCCGAAGGAUGAAGAUGCUACUCAAAGGAAAGCAGCUCUGGAGGCUGCUAUGAGAAAAAAGAUUGAAUUUGAGAAAAAAGCAUUGUAUAUUGUUGAACAACUCCUGGAAGAGAACAUUACUGAAGAGUUCCUUCUGAAUUCUGGAAAAUUUAUUACUCCAUCUCACUAUAAAGACAUUGUUGAUGAACGGUCUAUCAUCAAACUAUGUGGUUAUCCUCUAUGUCAAAAUAAACUGGAAAAUGUGCCAAAACAGAAGUACAGAAUUUCAACAAAAACAAACAGAGUUUAUGAUAUCACUGAAAGAAAGUGCUUUUGCAGCAACUUUUGCUAUAGAGCAUCUAAAUAUUUUGAAGCUCAAAUUUCCAAAAGUCCAGUAUGGAUGCGAGACAAAGAAAAACCACCAGACAUAGAGCUGCUGAAGGAGGGACAGAGUGGACAGUCUGGAGAAGAGGUGAAACUAUGUGAUGAAGUAAUUAAAGCUUCUGACAUUGAAAAUCCUAGGAUAUCUUCAAAUCCAUGUGAAUUUGGUUCUCAUGACACAGCCAGUGACAUUAGUAGUGACACUGAACAAGAAUUUGUUUCUUCUGUCCUACCAGGAAGUCAGUCAAGUUCAGCCAGUUUUGCACAGCAAUUGCACACAAACAGCAUCCUCAAAAAGAAGCAUGCUCAGAAAGUUUAUUCCAACUCUAAAACUGAAGACUCAGAUGUGGUAGAAGCCACUGAACGACUAUCUAAUUGUACAUUAGAUGCUCAGGAAGAAAUGUGUGCUUGCUCUGCUCAUAACAAAAUAACUGCAAAGCCUUCCAAAAAUACUACUCUAGGAAGAUCACGUGCUUCAGAAAACUAUGAAAACACCUGUAGUGGUUCACAGAUAGUUUUUCUAGGUGUGAGCAAAAGAGGGGCAGAACAUCUUAAAAGAACACUAGCUAAUUCAAAAGAACAUAAAAAAACUGAACUGAGGGAUGCAGUUAAUUCCAAAGGCAGUUUAUUAGAAGUGCUUAAGCAAACACUUAUGGAAUGGAGAACCGAGGAAACUUUAAAAUUUCUCUAUGGCUCAAACUACACUUCUUUAUGCUCAUCAGAAUGCGUAUCGUCUGCCAACCAGGAGAAUGAAGAACUUGAUGAGGAUGACUUAGAUACAGCUGAUGAUCUUAACACUGUUUCUGUAGGGGAGUCUGAAAACGGUUUGAACUAUUCUUUGCCUUUCACAAGCCCAGGUGGAAUAGUUAAGCCUGUGCCUAGUUACGAAAAGUUAAAAGAAGAAACAGAGUUCCUAGAACUCCGAGUAAAAGAGUUCUAUAAAGGAAAGUGCAUCUUGGCUGAAGAGGCGGUGGCACAUGCAGAAGCAGAGGAACAUCAAAGCAAAGACAAAGAUGAUCAACAGGAAGAUCUCACCUUCCCACUUGUUGAUUCAAAUGCACAAAUGCAGAUUAGAAAGCGAAUUGUCCUUGAAAAACUGAGAAAAGCAUUACCUGCAGUUUUGGGCCCUCUUCAGAUUACUCCAGGUGAUGUUUACACAGAGCUAAAAAAUCUUGUCAAAACUUUCCGGUUAACAAACAGAAAUAUUAUUCACAAAAUGGCUGAAUGGACUCUAAUUGCUAUUGUUUUGUUAUCCGUGUAAGUACCCU